AACAAACAAGGGCCCCACCGAGGAGCGCCGGCAUAAAUAUCUCUGGUUCGCCACCUCGCUUCGAUCCAUCGAGUCCGUUUCUCCUCCGUCUCCGUCUCCGAAGAGAAGGGGCGAUCCAGAGGCAGAGGAUUUCGAAGAAGUUUGUUUGUUUGUUUUUCGGAUUCUUUUAUUCUACGUUCGAUCGAGGUGGGAGGCUUCCUGGAGACUUAUCGCCGUGCACAUGGGCGAGUCGGAUCGGCCGAACACGGAAAAGAUUCCGAAGUUGGAGAGCCCUAGCACUGACUCUCAGCUGGUGGGUUCUCUAUCAAAUGGAUGGACAGAUGAAAAACAUGUAAUAUUUCUUAAUUGCAUUGAAUCCGCUUUUGUUAAUGAGCUAUACAAUGAGAAAUACGAAACAAAUGCAUUUCACGGAUGGUUAUCAAGGAUGAAAAUGCCAAAGGGAUCUUGUGGACAAUGUGAAAAUGAUCAAAAAGCUGGUCAGUUCAAGGUAUUGCGUAUGAGUUCUUGGAAGAACUUUAUAUAUGACAUGGACAAGAUAGAUGCAGAGACUGAGACUGGUCUCAUGCCUCUGUCUGCAAAUCCAUGGAUUCAACAUUUUCGACCAACUUGCAUUAUGAAGGAGAAGAAUCUUAAAUCAUCUGACAAGAUUGAUUAUUCUCAUCUCACUCGACCUUCAGUUCAUCUAGAGAAUGAUGGUCAUUAUGGAGAAGGAACAAGCUCAAAGCACAACUGUUGUCAAGAUUCUGUUGGUAGCAGCGCAGAGGUGUCAGACCAGAACUUCGUUGAUGACGAACUUAUAUCUGAGAAAAGAAGUACAAUAAGUCUGAAAAGAAAGCCGGGUGCUCAAGUUGCUCAUAAUUCUAUCAAUAAUCAACUCCCCUCUAAGAAAGCAUUUGUUUCCCCAAUUUCUGUUGCGAACCAUACUUCUCUAUGCACAGUAAAUUCAGAAUCCAGCAGCAGAACAUGGGAAGUUGAUUCAAUCUUAGUGCUCUCUGAAACUGAAGCACCAUUAUAUGACGACGAGGAGGUGAACAGUUGAAUUUUCGGAAAAUCAGAGUGAAGAUAAUGGUGUACCUAGUUUCCAUGUAGAUAAGUAUGGUUGUUUUUUCAGAUAGUUUCAAGCAAGAAGUUAAUGUGGAAUCAAUUCAAUACUGACUAGUUUUUUAGCUUCCUGUUUGGAAGCUUGUGCUAUCACAAAGUAGUAUGCUCACGGUUUGUAACAAAAGCGGGAGAGUCAUCUCCUGAUCUUUUCUAUUAAUUGUUUAUCUUGAGGAGAAAUCCAUGUCUA